AGAGCCAAAAGCGGAAAAAGCAAAACCAACCUCGGACUUUCGCUCAUAUAAUUCGCAGUGUGUUCUUGUUAUUGUUGUUGCUGCUGUUGUUGGUUUUCUCCAGCUGAAUUGUCGUGUGUAUAACAGUGUAUUUGCCGCUGUGUGUGUGUGUGUUUUCUCGACAUAUUCUCUCUUCCCCCCUCGUCCGCGUCUGGCCAACUAUUCAAUUCCCGAGAUUGAGCUUGCACAGAACCAGACCGAAGUCGCAAAGGUAACCGAAAACCGCAUUGAAAUGGCCGAGAAUUGCCCCAAGUGCAAGAAGUCAAUCAACGGGAAGGAGGCCGGGUUCAUCAUCUGCAACUCGGAUGACUGCCGCAAAAAGUUCCAUCGCACGUGCGUGAAUAUCGACGAUGCCGUUUACGAUGUCAUACAGAAGAACCCGAUGGUUUCGUUCAACUGCGACGAGUGCAAAAAUCAAUCGCCACGGGCGCUCUCGUCGAAGCUGCACACCAUCGAGGAGAAGGUGAACAAGGUGUGCAAUGGCAUCAACCAGAUCCAGGGCAGGAUGUACCAGCAGUACUUCCAGUUCGGCAACCAGCCACCCAUGCAGCAGGCCAGCGCCCUGGACACCACCAAGAAGCAUCCGCAGCAGAACAAUCUCAUUGUCGUCGGCAACAAUUGCAACUCGGAUCGAUUGCAGGUCGUCUGCGACUACGGCCGCUGGGUGCAGGUGGGCAAGUUCGCGACGAAUACCGGCGAGGAGGAUGUCAUCGACCACCUGGCCGAGGAGCUGAAGAUUAACAAGAAUCUGGUCAAGUGCACCAAGCUGGUGAAGAACGAUGCCAAUCUUUCGCAGCUGUCGUACUGCAAGUUCAAGAUCUCCAUUCCGGACUAUCGCUUCAACGAGCUCUUCAAUGAGGCGAUCUGGCCCAGCGGUGUUAUGGUCAGUCCCUUCACUCCACGCUCCCAGCUGAAUCAGAAUCGUCUAUAGAGGGAGGGGUACGGCGGCCGGGAGAGUGGUGGUGACACCAGGGUUAGGGUGAAGCCACCGCCGCCGCCGUGUGAGAAGUGAGAGAGAGAGACCGACACAGUGAGAGAGAGCGCGAGCGAGAGCGAGAGUCGGCGCAUGGAACUGCAUUGAGGCGGCGUGAAAUCCCGCAAGGGUUGAUUUCCGGUCAGCGAUAACAACAACUGCAGCAAUCGUCGUGUCGUCCGUCGUGUCGGGUCGGAGAGUGGGGGAGAAGUGGGGUUGUUGCCCCCAUUGUAUGCAAAUUUUUGACACUCAAAAACCCAUGUCUAAAUCUUUCAAAGCUUACCAAAACCGAAAACUAAACAAAACCAAUGAAAAUGAUGAUGAAAACCAAAAGCAAAUUUAUUGAAUUAACUUUGAAAAUGCAUUUUAAAAUGUUUUAGCGUUGCGUAAAUAUCGAAAAAUGAGAUAGAAAAAACCCAAACUAAAAGCAAAAGUAUUUUAAUGGCAACUCUCUCACAGUAAAAUAGAAUGUGAAGCAAAAUAUUAGUCAUUUAUGCAUAAACUGUCGUACUUAAAUUAAAGUAAACUCCCUCCCUAACCCGAGAAAACAAAGCAAGAACGAUUAAGAAUCAGGCAGACCCACACCCAACCCAACCCAACUCCCCUUUUCAUUAUCAAAGAUUAUUUCUUAUAAAUUAUUGUACUUGCUACUUCCGAAUCGAAAAACGAAUACGAAUAUGUAUACAUAUAGUUGUAUGUAUUUCCAAAUUGGAAUUCUCUACGUACAUUAAUAUAGUUUCACGACAAACAAACAAAAAUCGAUAGCGAGUCAGUCCUAUAUUGCAUGUGUACGGCAUCUCUCUAACCAAUUAAGUACUUAACCAAGUAAA